AUGAGAACGUUCACAGCGCGGUAUGCUCACGCAUACUUGACGCUCUUGUGUCUGGCUGCAGGCAUCAGUGCGCUCCACCUAGCAUCUCGUGAGAAGGACAGCAAAAGCGCUCUGCCCGCUUUACCAUUUGCCGCGCCCCGUCGUAAUCAGGCAUUCUUCAGACCCGACUUUUGGCGCUCUUCAGCUUCCCAAGCUCUGGCUCCUCCCAGCGAAUACUCGGCGAACACGGAUAGAGUUGCUUCGAACAACGUUAAUGGCAAAGUCUUGGCCCCAGAUGCGCUCGCAUACCCUGGCUGGUCUAGACCGACGAAAUCGGAGCUGGACCGAGCCGACAAGGUUCGAGCUGCGUCCAUGUCGGAUGGUGCAAGGGAGGGUGACGGGGAUGAUGCUGAUUCCAGCUCCAAGACAGGCUGGGUGUAUGUGAGUGGUGCAUGGGGUCAGUCCACACGAGCAAGCGUCCCCCCUCAAGUACCACCUUGCCUUGGCACCACGCAGGUGAUUCGUCAUGGCGAGAAGCCCGGGGGAAAGAAGCAUCAUGGUCUCUCACCAGCAGGCAAACGUCGCGCGCAAUGCCUCAAGCGAGUGUUUGGAUCGGGAGACCUCAAGGCGCAAUACGCUAUGGCUCCGGCAUACAAGCGUUCCGGAGCUCGUCGUCGUGCUUAUGAUACCGUGAGUUGUCCCAGCCUAUCCAUUCUGGCAAAGGCGUGACCUGAUCGCUUAGCAUUGCCACUCGCAUGGCUUGACGCGACGCGACGCAACGCAGCUCAAGCCCUUGUCAAGGUACACUGGCAUACCGCUCGACACGUCUUGUCAGCGCGACGAUUCUUCCUGCGUUCACAAAGUGUUGGAGCGCGAGACUUCAAAGGGGAACAAUGUGGUGGUAGCAUGGCAGCACACUGCCAUCUCUUCCCUAGUACGCGGGCUUGGCGUUAAAGGCUUGGUGUGGGACAAGAAGCGCUACGACAUGAUCAUUCACAUCAAGAAGGGCAAGGUGCAUCGUAUCGAUUCGGAAGAGUGCGAAGGGCUGGACAAGCGUUGGCUGCAUUGGCAUGCCAAGAAGGGCAACGGCAAAGGAAAAGGCGGUCAGUAUGGACGUAUCGUCGAUGACGAAUCAUGGGCAGAAGGUGCUGGCGAGGAUGAGAUGCCGCUCGCUGCUAAGGGCGCUUCUUUCGCAUCGAGCUUUGUAGCUUAUGACGAGGACGAUAACGCAGAGGAAGAUAUGGAAGAGGACGUCGAUCUGGACGGCGUUUUUGGCCGACAAUCUCUUGGCUCCGCCAUGACCAGCUGGUUCGGCAUGCGAUAGUUUGGCCGCCUUGCAAGUGCUCAUCGCAAGAGGCAGAUCAGCAAACAUCGUCACUCUUGCGUCGCGCAAUUCUCUCCUCGUCCUUUGCCUCGUUGUUGUAACCCAUUCCGCGUUCCAAUCAAGCCGAACAAUUCCUCUUCAAAGUCACCCUCGUUUGUACCACUCGCCCACAUUCGCGUCACUUUUCACCUCUUGUCACUUUUCUCGUCAUCAUUCCCUAGUUACCCUCAGCUCUCGCCGCUGAUCACUUCUCGCUCAGCCCCCCCCAUUUCAUUUCUACAAUCAGUCAUCAGAAACAGCACUUGUCCGUCGAAGAGAUGCCUUUGCCCUAG